UCACUAAUUAAUUUAAGUCAAGUCAAAUCUCAGGUUAAUGUCACUGGAACAACCAACACUUGAUGUGCCUUUGUUUAGCCUAAUAUGGAUCUGGGCACCUUCUUUAAUAUUUUUUGUUCUUCUUGACGCGUUGCUUCUACAUUUUCUGGUUCCUGGCCUUUUAAAAUACUUUAAAUUAUCAGAAAAUGAUCAAAAGAAAAGACUAUGCCUGCCUGGACACACAAAGGCCUUAUUGACUGAAAGGCUGGCUGGAACUCUCACUGCAAUUGCUAUUAGCUGCAUCGGAAUAUUAAUUUUAAGUGAAACUUACGAAGAUGUCAUAUAUGCAAAGUCAUCUCUUUUAUUACCGUCUGCAUAUAUAUUCACCUGUAAUUUUGUCUACGAUUUUUAUCGUAUGUAUAGAAGGUUUUCACUCAGUAAAUCUGAGUAUGCAAGCCUCUCAAGAACUUUGGUCCUAUUAAAAAUGAUCCGGAAUCAACUCAGUUUUGUUAUUCACCACCUCCUGCUAAUCUGUGGCUUAGUCAUAGCUCAUCAUUCAUUUCGUGGUGGUAGGGGAGAUUUUAUAAUUGGGUGCUAUUUUAUCAUGGAGCUUACCAAUCCUUUCCUAAACUUUUAUUUCAUUCUCAAAGAAUUUCAAAUGAAAGAUACAUUAGUGUUUCGUGUGAAUGGAGUUCUUGCAAUAUUGGUUUACGUAUUUUCAAGGAUUUUAAACUAUCCAUUUCAAUACUACAUGUAUGCUCACCAGUAUCAUAAUGGAGAUUAUGUCUCUGCUGUAAAGGGAAUGCUGCUUGUCUGCCAUGUUUUCAGUGGAGUUGGUUUAAUCCUUCAAAUCUACUGGUUGUAUGGGAUGAUCAGAAUAUUUGUAGCUAGAGCCAAAUAUGCAUUUAUGAUUAAUAAAAAUAAAUGAAAUAUUUUUAUUGCAUUCU